AAUCACUUUACGGCUGCUCCCUGAAAAAGUUUAUUUGCUUCCUUGUCAACAGUUCAGCUGGUUCUGAAUGAUAAAGUAGUGGGGAUACAGGUGAGCAGCAAAGAUGGAGUCCAGCGAGGAGGGUGGCCUCAGCGUCGGAGGCUCUGUGGGAGAGGAGAACUACUUCCUGGGAUACACGUUCACUGAUCGCUCUCACUCGAGCCGAGUGGUGAAGAGCAUCAUGGAUCUGUGCCUGGAGGACGGCCUGUUCGCUGACGUCACCGUCACCGUGGAUGGCAAAGAGUUUCACCUCCACCGGCUGGUCCUCUCAGCACAGAGCAGCUUCUUCCGUUCGAUGUUCACGUCCAACCUGAAAGAGUCCCACAACCGCACUAUUGAGCUGAAGGAUGUCAGCGCCACUGUCUUUCAGCUGCUGAUUGACUAUAUCUAUCACGGUAUGAUAAAGCUGAGGGUGGAGGAGCUGCAGGACACCUAUGAAAUGGCUGACAUGUACCAGCUGACUGCUCUGUUUGAAGAAUGCUCUCGCUUCCUCUCACGAACCGUGGAGGUCAAGAACUGUUUACAGGUGAUGUGGCUCGCAGACAGACACAGUGACCAGGAGUUGUAUACUGCUGCCAAGCGCUGUGCUAAAAUCCACCUGGCUCAGCUGCACCAGACUGAAGAAUUUCUUAAUCUGCCUCUCUGUCUGCUCUUGGACAUCAUCAAAGAUGGUGUUCCAAGCUCCCAGAAUCCAACAGUGGCCAUCGAGUCGUGGAUAAACCACAACAAGGUUGAAAGAGAAGAGUUCUCCUGUAUCCUUCAAGAGAAUCUUAAGGAAAUCGGUGAGAAUGUCCACAUUUACCUGAUUGGCAAAGAGGAGACGAGGACUCACUCCCUGGCUGUAUCGCUGCAUUGUGACGAGGACGAUGCGAUCAGCGUCAGCGGGCAGAACAGUUUAUGCCACGAGAUCACUGCGGCCUGUAAACAUGGAGGAGACCUGUACGUGGUGGGGGGUUCAAUCCCCCGCCGCAUGUGGAAGUGCAACAUGCACACCAUGGACUGGGAGCGCUGUGCUCCACUGCCCAGAGACCGCCUCCACCACACCAUGGUCUCUGUCUCCACUGAGGACGCUAUCUACUCGCUGGGAGGUAAGACGCUCCAGGACACCCUCUCUAAUGCCGUCAUCUACUACACAGUGAAGGACAACAUGUGGACAGAGACCAGCCAGCUGGACACGGCAGUUUCUGGGGCUGCUGGCGUCAACCUGGGAGGCACCAUCUACUUGCUCGGCGGGGAGGAGAAUGACAUGGACUUUUUCACUAAACCCUCCCGCCUCAUUCAGUGCUUUGACACCUCCUCUCAAAAGUGCCAGAUCAAACAGUACAUGCUGCCGUUUGCCGGCUGCAUGCACGCUGCGGUGCACAUGGAUGUGAUCUUUAUCGUAGCAGAAGGAGACUCUCUGGUUUGCUACAACCCUCUGCUGGAGAGCUUUACCCGCCUGCGCUUCCCUGAGGUCUGGAGCUGUGUUCCUUCACUGUGGAAGGUAGCGAGUUGUAACGGCUGCAUAUACGUCUUCAGAGACAAAUGUAAGAAGGGGGACGCAAACACGUUAAAGUUUAACCCAGCCACGUCUGUCGUAUCCGUUAUCAGAGGUAUUAAAAUCCUCCUGACAAACUGGCAGUUUGUUCUGGCCUAACCUGUCCUCUGGAUGUUCACACUGUGGUCCAGACACUCUGCACAGACAAUCAGGGAAGACUGCUGGAUAACUUACCAUGACUUCACUCUCCAGACAUCCUGUGAGGAGACCUGCCCUAAAUGUAUUUACUCAGCUGUGUCACUCAUUCCAUUCACACUUCACCUCCAGCCUCGUAACGACGGUUCACUUGUAUUACAGUGCGUCUCAUUGUGGAGCCGUUAGCUGAGAAGUCAAACAAUGUGUGGUGAUGCUGUAACCAGUGACAAACUAAAUCUGUUGCUUCCUGUGCACUGCUUGUUUGUUGACAUGCAUGAACCGCUUUAGUGUAAAAAGUCUGCUGAACACAAAACAUCCUCCAGUGUAUUUUAAGUGAUUAAGCGUGUCAUGAUGUUGUAGGUUGAAUAUCCUCAGAUGUCCAGUUUUACGUCAUCGUGCAGAAACAUAACAGGAUGUUUUCUAACUUUUCAAUUUUUCACAAUUUCUUGUCUUAAGAUUGUAUUUUUUGAUGUACAGUGUACAUGUUCAUGUUAAACUGUUAACUGAAAUGUCAAAUAUAUCACUGUAGCUACGA